AUGUCACCACAUGCGCUCCGGGAAGUCCCAACGGGGACGAACAACUGGUGGAAGGAGGCCACCGUCUACCAGGUCUACCCCGCGUCUUUCAAAGACUCCAACGGCGAUGGAUGGGGCGAUAUCCCCGGUCUCAUCUCCAAAAUCCCCUAUCUGCAUUCCCUCGGGGUGGACGUAGUCUGGCUGUCACCGCACUAUGACUCGCCCAUGCACGACAUGGGCUACGAUAUUUCCGACUAUGAGAAGGUCCUCCCUGCCUACGGGACGGUCGAGGAUGUCGAAAAGCUGAUCGCGGAAUGCCACGAGCGCGGCAUAAAGCUCAUUCUCGACCUGGUAGUCAACCACACGAGCGACGAGCACGCCUGGUUCAAGGAGAGCCGCAGCAGCAAGGACAACGAGAAACGAGACUGGUAUUUCUGGCGCCCCGCGCGGUACGACGAGCAAGGGAACCGACUUCCACCGACGAACUAUCGGGGUUAUUUCGCGGGGAGUACGUGGACGUGGGACGAGAAGACGCAGGAGUAUUACCUGCAUCUGUAUGCGAAGGAACAGCCUGACUUGAACUGGGAUAACCGAGCGACUCGGGAAGCGAUAUACGACAGUGCCGUGCGCUUCUGGCUGGAUAAGGGUGUGGACGGAUUCCGCGUCGACACCGUGAACAAGUACAGCAAGCGGACAGAUUUCCCCGACGCGCGCGUCGUUGAUCCGAAGAGCUACAUCCAGCCUGCGAUAGAGAUGUGGUGCAACGGUCCGCGCAUCCAUGAAUUUAUCCGGGAGAUGUACGACGAGGCGCUGGCGCCGUAUGGAGAUGUCAUGACCGUCGGCGAGCUGGCCAACACCCCGGACCCGAAAGACGUGCUGAAGUAUGUGGGCGCGGCGGCGCAGCAGCUGAGCAUGGUCUUCCAUCUGGACAUCGGACAUAUCGGCAUGGGAAGCAGCCUGGAGGACAAGUACAUGUUCCAGCAGUGGAAACUGACCCAGAUGAAGAGCAUUGUAUCCAAGUGGCAGAGCUUUGUCGAGGGCACUGACGGCUGGACGACGGCAUUUUGCGAGAACCACGAUAACGGGCGGUCCGUGUCCCGAUUCGCGUCUGAUGCGCCCGAGUUCCGUGAGCGCUCGGCGAAGAUGCUGGCGUUGAUGAUGGUCGCCAUGACGGGGACGUUGUUCCUGUACCAGGGCCAGGAGAUCGGCAUGAUCAAUGCCCCCAAGGACUGGCCGAUCGAGGAGUACAAGGAUAUCGAGGGACUGGGAUACUACAGGGAGGCGGAACGACAAGCAGCCAGCGGCACGGACGUGACACGCCCUGAACGGAUCAUGGAUGGGUUACGCAUUCUGGCGCGAGAUCAUUCCCGGUUGCCCAUGCAGUGGGACGAUACCCCCAAUGCCGGAUUCACGACUGGCACGCCGUGGAUGAGAACCCAUGAUUUGUAUAAGGAGAUCAAUGUGAAGAAGCAAGAAGCGGACCCCGAGAGUGUACUGUCGUUCUGGAAGACGGCGUUGCGGCUGCGCAAGGAAUACCGAGAGCUGUUCAUCCACGGCGCGUUUGAGGUCGUCGACUUUGAGAAUCUCGAAACAUUCACUUUUGUCAAGUCGAGAGGCGAGAAACGCGCCCUGGUAGUGCUGAACUUCACCUCGUCGACCCAACCCAUUACACAGGCUGCUACAGUGGGAGCGAAGAAGUUGUUGAUCAGCAACUAUUCGGAAACGACACCUGAUACCCUGCAGCCAUUUGAAGGCAGGAUUUACGUGUCAUGA